AUGACGCUUCUGAAAAACUUGGACAAAUUCACAGAGAACUUGAUCAGGGUUCUGUUUCUAAGGGACCAGCAUGCUUUACAGCUUGCCUCAUUGCCUUAUACUCCUUCCACAAACUUGAAUCAGAGUUCGAAUGACGGAUUGGUGUUCUUCAGGAGAUCAGAAGUUGAUUUAGGUGUACCUAAAUACAGAACGUGUAAACGUGAGUUUUUUUGAAUGUUACCUUUGAAGAUUUUUUUAAAGUUUAUGUAUUAAAAAUUAGGUUUUGCAUAUUGAAGAAUAUUGAUAAUUAUAAAAUUAUUUUAUUAUUUUCUGGGUAUUCCUAAAAUUAGUUUUUAUAUAUUUUGCUAAUAUCCUUUUGUAGUAUAAUAGACUUUUUAUUUUUUAAUGUUUUAAACAAUAAUUUAAUCUAAUGGAAAUUGAAUUUUUGCAUUGCUUGUGUUUUCGUAGUAUUUUGAGGUUUUCUACAGACUACAGUCUCCAAGGCAAUGUAGUAUUAGUUUUUAAAAAGAAGAUUAUGAGGAACGAGGUAGAUAACAGUCUGUGUUUGACCUUUUAAAAUUUAAAAAAAAUGAUUUUCUUGCCCAAGACAAUGUAUAGAUAAUUUACAUUUUAUAAAUCUUUUAAGACUUGUGUUCCAUUGAAUUGGAAAUUCACCUUUACGGGUAACUUACUUAAAAUACAAUUUUAAUGCACAAUUUCACCUGCUCAAUGUAAUAUUUCAGCCAGGAUAAUGACCAGAAAAUUUGGUUUCCCCAAGCUGAUGUCUGUAAACCCGACGCUAGUGGAAUGUCACACCUGCGGUACGACACAUUCGAUGCACAACAUAUGCGGAACCUGCUACAACGUCGUCAAAGCGGAGACUGAUAAGAUAAAAACGGAAAAGUUGGGAUUGAGAAAAAUGGAAUAGGAAUUAUUUUGUUGUUCGUUUUUGUUAUAAAUAAACUGCUCUUUUGAUAAAGAGAAGGUAUCGAUUUAACGUUACACUUGAUAUUCUACUUGGCUGGCCUCGAUGUUGUCCUCAAUUUGGCGUUCCGGUUAACCAAAAUGUAGGUCAUUAACUAAUCGUUGACGGAAAAUGGUCUGUUUUUGAGUCCGAUUAUCGAGUGGAGAUUGGUCACUCUUGACUUUCGCUUUUUCGUUAGAAUUUUUCGUUUUUUGGCGCUUUUUUGUUUUUCUGAUUUUAUGGAAAAACUAUUUGUAUGUAAAAUUAAAAGCUCUGACAAGGUUUAUAAAUAUUCUUUUAUGCCCGAAUUAUAGAAUACAUUCCCAGAGGAACGGUUUCUUAUUCUCGAACGGGAUAAUUUUAAAUGAAUCACUACAAACUUUUUAACUUCGUUCUUCCACUAGGAGCGUUUUCCAAUUUAACAUUGAUUUUGUUAUUUAGCCUUUGUUUACACAGUUGUCUGAUUCAAUGUUUACAGGUUAUUGGAAGACUUGUGCCAUGGUUUUUGGUUUCUGAGAGAUUAUACUGUUUUGAGCCAAUAUAGUAGUAGUUCUACCUCAUCUAACAUGUCCGAUAGGACAUUACCUCGAACGAUCGUGGUAAAUUCAGAUAAACAGACUCAAAAGUUUUGUUCUAACGAGAUCAGGUAAAGCAUUGGUUUUUAUUGGAUAAAAGUAUAUUCUCUAUCGUUUGUUUUAUUUUUUUACAGAUUGGUAUCUAAAAAUAUUGUUAUUUUUGAACUGUCUUGUUUAAAGUCUAAAAUUAAUGUUUUAGUACAUGCAAGUACAAUGGAUUCACGUUUCUUCCAAGGUUUUUGUUGGAGCAGUUCAGAAGGUAUAGCAACGUUUUCUUUUUGGUGAUAGCUUUAUUACAGGUAAGUCACAUAUAUUCAGACAAACGCUAUUCGAUAUUAUUAUCCUGUACUUUAUAAAUAAUUUUGUUUUUACUUAAAGUUAUGUUUUAGCAAAUUCCUGAUGUUAGUCCAACAGGAAAGUAUACGACGGCGGUACCAUUUCUUAUUAUAUUAUCCUUGUCAGCUAUAAAGGAAAUCUUCGAAGAUAUUGUAAGUUGGGUUUCGCUUGUUAUUUUUGUUUUUAGAGGAGAAGGAGGAUGGAUAGUAUGGUUAACAACUACAUCGUUCUGGUUUUACGGAACAAUGAGUGGGUGGAAACAAAGUGGAGACAUGUAUGUUGUUUUAGAUAAUCUUUUCAUUAAUUAUCUCACGCUUUAAAGGUAUUUCACCUUUUAUAGUAACGAAAAAUUAUACCGUUUGCAUUUUAAAUUUGCUAUUUUAGGUAGUUGUUGGAGAAGUUGUAAAAAUAGAAUCGGGGAACUCGUUUCCCGCCGAUAUUAUACUACUUUCCUCCAGUGAACCACAUGGUAUGGCAUAUAUCGAAACAUCAAGUCUGGAUGGAGAAACAAACCUCAAGAUACGCCAAGCCUUACCUUCAACAAGUCACCUUAUCAAUAUUCAGUUGGUACAGAACUUUGAUGCUUCAAUCGAAUGUGAACCUCCCAACAGACAUCUGAAUGAAUUCAAAGGGAAGAUAUCAACCGGAGAGACGAUUCGACCUUUAUCCCUCUCUCAGUUAUUGUUAAGAGGGUCCAAGUUGAAGAACACCAAGUGGAUUAUUGGGUGUGUAAUCUACACUGGGCACGAUGCUAAACUGCUUCAGAAUUCAAAGACAGCUCCUCUCAAAAGGUAUGUUACUAAUGAAGUUGGCUUUCGCUUUUAGAACUGACUACUUUGUUGAAUGGAUAUGUUCUCUUAAAGGUCGUUCUUACACCGAUAUUUUAGAUCCAAUAUUGACACGUUGACCAACAGACGUAUCAUCGUGUUUUUUGUUGCUUUGGUACUGCUUGCCUUAAUCAGUGCAUCUGGAGCAGAAUUCUACAACCAUUGGUACCUAAAGAAUGCCGAAUAUAUUCCACAAGGUGCUACAGGGAACUUUGCAUAUAAUGUGCUGACUUUUUUUAUCCUCUACAACAACUUGAUCCCCAUUUCUCUGCAAGUGACACUGGAACUUGUGCGAGUGUUUCAGGCUUUUUACAUCAACAAUGUAAGUCUUUCUUGUGUUUUUGUAAACUUUUGAGUUAAGGAUGUGGAGAUGUACGACCCUCGAACUGAUUGUCGUGCUAAUGCAAGAACUUCGAAUCUCAAUGAAGAAUUGGGUCAGGUCAAGUUUUUGAUGACCGACAAGACUGGCACUUUAACACAGAAUGUCAUGAAGUUCAAGCGAUGUUCAGUAGCCGGAGUAAACUAUGGAGACGACACGGCCGAAAGCUUCACCGAUAGUGUUAUUGGCUCCCAGUUCAACAACAAUCAGGUUUGUUUAUUUGCUUUUUAAUGUUGUAACGCUAUCUUUAUUUUCUUUGAUAAUAAAAACAUUUUUCAAUUUUUUAAAAUUAUUUUUCAGGACCAAAUUGCCACCCCUUACGAGUUCUUUCUGUCUAUGUCAAUUUGUCACACUGUGGUGCCUGAGAUGGAUGAACAGACAAGGAAAAUGCAAUAUCAAGCUUCGUCUCCCGAUGAAGGGGCUUUGGUCAAAGGAGCAGCUUCGCAAGGUUUCUCGUUUUGUGGACGAUCUCCAGACUCUGUAACGGUCAACAUUGUAAGUUUGUCUCUAUGUCAUUUUAAUUUUCCUACAAAUUUAUUUUUUUACUAAAAAUGCUAAUUUCUAGCGAGGAAGUGAGGUCACAUUGAGAUUGUUGAACAUCCUCGAGUUCAACAGCGACCGAAAGAGAAUGAGUGUUGUGAUGCAGUUUCCGGACGGAACCAUCAAGUUGUACUGUAAAGGAGCCGUAGGUUUAUUUAUUUUUCAAAAAUAUGUAUGACUAUUUGUUACUUUCACUUAUGUCUUUGUAUCUUUGAUACACUUUUCGUUUCAAACAAUGGCGCUCAAGAGUUAUAGUACCCCAAAAGUUGUAAUAUAGUACCCCACCAACUUAUUGCAUUAUAGUACCCCAAAAACAAAUUUUCCAACGAUUUUUUAUUUUUUUUAAAUUGCGUAAUCGGAAAUCCGAUUCAUUUUAUUCAUUGUUUCGUUUGCGUUGCGCCCAUGGACGGUCGACUCUCGGACGUAGAGCGCAUGAUACUACAUUUGUGCAUUGGUAGAGGUGUGGCAUAAAUAGAAGUGAUCGAAAUACGUGACAAACGGACCUUCAACUAGUGAUUAUCGCACCGUUGCUCACAACUACGAAUUUUCUAGGUAAGUUUAAUUCGUUUAUACAUAUUACUGCUUAGUGUUGUACUAAAUUUCGUAGGGUACUCAUCUACUUAGUGGGGGUACUCAACUACUUAGGAUAGUACCAAACUCUGUGGUGGGGUACUCAUCUAUUUAGUGGGGUACUCAACUACUUAGUAUAGUACCAAACUCUGUGGUGGGGUACUCAUCUACUUAGUGGGGUACUCAACUACUUAGGACAGUACCAAACUCUGUGGUAGGGUACUCAUCUACUUAGUGGGGUACUCAACUACUUAGUAUAGUACCAAACUCUAUGGUAGGGUACUAAUCUACUUAGUGGGGUAUUCAACUACUUAGUAUAUUACUCCUUUUAUUACUAUACUAAGUAGUUGAGUACCCCACUAAAUGACGCUAAGAUAUUUUGGACCGCUGUCCACAAAAUAGACUUUAAAAUAAAUUCGAGUUGGGGUACUAUAAUAUUGCUUGGGGUAUUAUAUAUCACGGGGUACUAUACUACCUGAGCCCCCAAACAAUGACUUAUUGUAGGAUAAUAUAAUGAUCGAACGGUUGAGUGAAAAUCAGAACAAAGCAGAAUUGGAGAUACUUCAAGAGCACUUGUUAUCCUAUGCCAAAACAGGCUACAGAACCUUGUGUUUUGCUGUUAGAGACGUUCCAGAAGCCGAAUAUCGCGAAUGGAAUAAGAGAUACGAAGAAGCAUCAUUGGCACUAGAAGAUCGUGACAAGAAGCUGGCUGAUGUAGCCGAAGUAAUCGAAAAAGGCUUUUAUCUGAUUGGAGCUAGUGCUAUCGAAGACAAGUUGCAAGAUGUACGUAUACUUAAAUGGACUUUACAUAUUAUUUAUUUCUCAGUUUAUAACAAAAACUUUUUCAGUUUGUACCAGAAACCAUCCAAACUAUGAUGCAAGCCGACAUCCGAGUAUGGAUGCUGACAGGAGACAAACGAGAAACGGCCAUAAACAUUGCACAGUCAAGUGCAUUAUGCACCAAGAACACGCGACUUCUGAUUCUCGAUAAAGCAGGCUACGAUGAAGUGUUGAGUAAGCUGGAACACUUCAUUGAAGCCGCCAGAAACUUUCAACAAAUGAAUAUUGAGUUUGCUCUCGUCAUUUCUGGAGGCACCCUGAGGCAUGCCAUGUUGGGGGAAGCCAGAGAACUGUUUGCAACCUUGGCUUGGCUCUGUAGAGCUGUCGUAUGUUGUAGAAUGACUCCAAUGCAGAAGGCCGAGGUGGUGGAAUUGGUCAGAAGCUUCGGAGAACAUAUUGUUUUGGCUAUUGGAGAUGGUGCUAAUGAUGUGGCCAUGAUCCAAGCCGCCAACGUGGGAAUCGGAAUCACUGGCGAAGAAGGACUCAGAGCCGCAUCGGCUUCAGAUUACUCAAUCGCCCAAUUCCACUUCCUCAGAAGGUUGCUACUGGUGCACGGUACUUGGAACUUCGAGAGGAGUGUCAAAGUGAUUCUCUACAGUUUCUACAAGAACAUCUGUUUGUACAUCAUCGAACUCUGGUUCGCUUUCUUUUCCGCUUUCUCUGGUCAAACGAUCUUUGAUAGGUAAGAAUACGUUUGUUGAGUACUUUAAUUUGAUGUUUUAAAUUGUUUUUAUGUAUUGGUAACAUUGUGUUUGCAGAUGGACGAUUGCCAUGUUCAACGUUGUCUUCACGGCGUGGCCUCCAGUUAUCAUUGGUCUGUUUGAUCGGCCGAUAUCCUCCAGAACCAUGAUGAAGCACGCUUCACUAUACAAUCUGUUCCAGCAACGUGCGUUUUCAACUCCGGUAUGUUUUGAAUCUUUUUUUUGUUUGGUACAAUUUCAAUAUUUUGUUCCACAUAUGACUCUUUUAUAGAGGUUUGUCCUAUGGAUUGUGAUCUCGUUGUGGCAUUCCAUUUUGUUGUUCUACCUUUCCUAUACCUUCUUCAUACACGAAGUGGUUUGGCAAUCAGGACAAACUGGCGGAUGGCUGGUACUUGGAAAUGCUUGUUAUACAGUAAGUUCUUAAAUGAUAUUCAAUUAUAGUUUACUUCUGUUUAAUAUAUAAAUUUAUAUUUUAGUACGUCGUGGUAACAGUGUCUUUAAAAGCUCUCCUGGAAUGUGACACUUGGACUACUGUAAUGUUAGUAGCAACUAUCGGCUCAAUAUUCACAUGGUUUAUAUUCCUGUCAGUGUACUCUUACAUCUGGCCAACAAUCCAAGUGGGUGCGGACAUGAAAGGUGUGGCCAGUAUAUUAUACCAGUCACCUGUCUUCUGGAUGGGACUGAUAUUCAUACCUGCAACCACUUUAUUGGCUGAUUAUGUCAUCAGAACCCUCCAAACAGCCUUCUUCCCAUCUCCACGAGAAAUCAUAAACCUAAAGGAGAAGGGAAAACUACGCAACGAACUGUGCAUUGAAAGCCUAGAGAACUUGUAAGUACACCUUUCAAACUACUUUUAUUUGCAGAGGUACACUCCACUAUAUGCCAGUCGCCAACCACCCCACAGCUUCCCGUAGCGAAGGUGGACUUGAAGCUAACAACUGGAACGACUACGGGGCCGUUUCUGGAAGGAGACGGAUACCUGUUCAGAAGUCACCACAACUCUCCGGGUUCGCGGUUUACUUGAACUCAGGAGCAUCGACGAACGGGGAAGAUGUCAGAGAACAAGAUCCUCGGUCGGUACCUCUAGUACCAUUAGAGAGAAAUGGUUCCGAAAUAGACGGAACACCUUUAAGCAGAGCUAACAGACGGAUGGCCUCAGCGGCCGAACUAGAAAACCAAGCUAACUGUAAGUAUUCGUGUCUUUAACUAAUCCCUUGUUCAGAUGGAUUCGCUUUUUCACAAGAAGAAAACGGAAAUAUCCGCCAAUCAGAGUUGAUUGGUCAUUACACUUGCCACAGGGUCUAA